GACAUCGACGAUCCAUAUCAUAAAUUGAAUUGAGGUUAUGAAAUAAGAAUAUUAAAAUAUUUAUUUAUUGUUGAGGGGUGUAUAUUUAUUACCUCAAUAUAAUACAUGCAUUCGUUUAACAAAUUAAUGUAUUUACAUUACCAUUAAGUUCUUACACAAAGACUGUUUACAUUUUGGCUAGUGAUAAAGUAUAGGAGCAUAAUGGAGCAACAGACCAACCCCUAUAGAAAAAUGUUAUCUUCGGCAAUAUCUGGAGUCUUAUUAGAAGCUGGUUUUGAUUCUGCAGAUCGAGAUGUGCUCGAAUCUUUUACCGAAAUGCUGCAGUGCUUUCUAUGCGAGAUAGGUUCAAUGAGCCGGAAUUACUGCGAACUAUCGGGCCGUUGUGAACCAGUAAUUGGUGAUGUUAUUUUGGGUUUUGUUGAAAUGGGUAUGGUAUAAGUGCGGUUGAUUUGGCAUUUACUGAGGAGAUUUGCAGGUGUCGACUUCAGCGGAUUGCAGCAGUAUGUGAAAAACGGGAAGUUUAUGUCAUUGCCGACGCUUCAACAACAGCAACCUCAAAAGCAGAUGAAUAUGUUACAAGCGGGGACGAAGCAGCCGCUACCGAACUACAUUUUUCAACAUUUACCCACCUUUCCCGAUCCACAUUCAUAUAUUCGUACACCGACACACAAACAGCCUGUUAUCGAUUAUGAGGCAAUUAGAGAGAAAUUCGCAAUACAGAAGAAAGACAUGGAGAAGGCGUUAACGAAAUUUUUGUGCAGAACAAAUCCAAUCCACAACUUGUUCGAUAAUGAAGAAGCAAAUAUCUUUCCAUUAAUCGCCUGUAAGCCCACCCAUCCGCCCUACUUAAGUGCCUUGCUACCUCAAGAUCAAAUAUUCGACCCCGAAGACCUGGAGUAUACCGCAAAGGAUCAAAUACAAAAUCAACAGCCUCGUAAACGUAUAAAAUCAGAGUGUAAGAUCGAAAAAAUGGAAACGGGCGACGAGGAGGAGAAUCUCCAAAUGAAUAAGAGUCCGGAGAAGGAGAACAUGAAUUGGGAGAUCGACAAUCCCUACCUGGCGGCUACAAAGCUACCGAUAAAAGGUAAAGUGUAAGAGAAUUAUAACGAAAUUAAAGAAAUCCAAUAAACUUUUAAUAUUUAA